AUGGAAGCAGAAAACCACACAAAAUCUUCACAGUUCAUCCUUCUGGGCCUUUCUGAGGAUCCUGAACUACACCCCCUUCUCUUGGGAAUGUUCCUGUGCAUGUACCUGCUCACAGUGCUUGGGAACCUACUCAUCAUCCUGGUCACCUCCUGUGACUUGCACCUCCACACCCCCAUGUACUUCUUUCUGUCCAACCUGUCCUUUGUGGACAUCUGUUUCACUUCCACCAUAGUGCCAAAGAUGCUGGUGAAUCUCCAGGCACACAGAAAAGACAUCUCCUACAUGGAAUGCCUCACUCAGGUAUAUUUUUUUAUGCUUUUUGCUGGCAUGGAUGAUUUUCUACUCACUGUGAUGGCCUAUGACCGCUUUGUAGCCAUCUGUCACCCCUUAAAAUACCUGAUCAUCAUGAGCCCUCAACACUGCAGUCUUCUGGUUCUGAUAACAUGGCUUAUUAUUGUCUGGGUCUCCCUGAUUCAUAUUCUACUGAUGAAGCCACUGACGUUUGGCAUGGGCACUGAAAUCCCCCAUUUCUUCUGUGAAUUAGCUCAGGUUCUCAAGGUAUCCAGCUCUGAUACCCUUAUCAAUAACAUCGUCUUGCUUAUAGCAACAGCCCUGUUCUGUGUGUUUCCUGUGACUGGGAUCCUCUUCUCUUACUGUCAGAUCAUUUCCUCUUUGAUGAGAAUGUCCUCCUCCACAAGCAGGUAUAAAGCAUUUUCCACCUGUGGGUCUCACCUCUGUGUGGUCUGCUUGUUCUAUGGAACAUCACUUGGGGUUUACCUCAGUUCUGCUGUGACCCAUUCUUCUCGGGCAAGCAUGAUCGCCUCUGUGAUGUACACCGUGGUGACCCCCAUGCUGAACCCCUUCAUAUACAGCCUGAGGAACAAGGAUGUGAAGGGGGCUUUGAGAACUGCAGGCCGGAUCAUUUUGCUACAAUAUACAAUGCAAAUAGCACAGAGAUGGAUCUUUCAAAAAUAA